CUAGCCCCUUCUUGUGAAAUCAAUCGGAAUUAAUACAUUUAUUGAAUUUGAAAUCUUAUAUUUUUCAGUGGUUUCAUAUCUAGAAGUCAUUUCCCUUAAUCUAUAUAGUAUUUUCGUGUUGUUGAGGUUAGGAAAAAGAAGGUGCUGUUGGAUCAUGGUGAAAGCAGAUUCUACUGAGACAGUCCAGAUUUUCAUCAUGAGAGAACUAUAUGAUAUACUGAAAAAAAUGCGAUGGAAUAAAAAUAAAUGGACAUUUUGCAUUAAUAAAAGAGGAAAGGAUAGAAUAUACUUGCUCUCCUGCUUCAACUUUUGUUUUUGAAGUUUGUGUGUGA